CAUGUGUAUCGCCCUGCUUACAACAGCGCAUCCCCAAUAUCCGUUCAUCCUGCUGAACAACCGCGAUGUGAUUAUGCUCAACACCACUCUGGCCAUGUCUUUCUUGACUCGACCGACUGCAAAAGCUUCCUUUUGGCCUUCUCCAAACGAACAUGUUCUUGGCGGUCGUGACUUGCAGCGUCCUGAACAAGGCACAUGGCUAGGCCUCACCAAGCAGGGUCGUCUGGCCUGUCUCACCAACUUUCGCGAGUCUGGCGCACAAGUGUAUGGCACGAAGUCGCGAGGAGGUCUACCCAAAGCAUUCUUGACUUUGCCUCCACAGACUACGCAGUCUUCACAAGAAUUUGCACGACAUAUGGUCGAAGAUGUCGGUGUAAGUGAUGUCGGCGGCUUCAGCCUGGUCUUUGGCAGACUAAGUAAGAAGAAUAUCUGUGCGAAGGACGGAGAAGGCCUUGCAAUCGUCUCUAACCGCACCGAGGAUGCAUCAGCUACCACGUGGAUUUGUGGUAAGCCUGAUGAAAUUCGAGGCCUCAGCAACUCGCACUUUGGUGAUAGGACAUGGCCGAAAGUCGUUGAAGGAGAGAAGCAAUUACGAGAUACUAUCCAGGAACACACUCUAGCAGGCUCAAGCAAAGAAGAUUUGCUCAAAUCCUUUUUCGAGAUACUGAGUACGGACACUUUGCCUCGUCGUAAGCAUGGCCAAGAUUGGGAGACAUACGUCUUUCAACUCCGUAAUAGCAUCUUCAUCCCACGCAUUGGAGGAGAAGAUCUGGAGGACUCUUCAGCCGAUGAGAUCGCUGCAGCUGAUGAAGAUCUGACUGCGAAGACCGACAGCGGAGUCUAUGGUACCCAGAAGCAGACAGUCAUCCUUGUUGAUCACGACGGAAAAGUCACGUAUGUUGAGAAAACACUAUACGACGAACGUGGUCAUCCAACAGACAACGACGUUAAGCAACACGAGUUCGAGAUUGAAGGAUGGAACGAU